AUGGAGGCAACGCGCAGCCCAGGCGCAGGCGGCAGCUAUGCCAGGAAAGCACAACUUGCCGACGAGCGCAAGAGGCUGCUCACCGACAGAAACGCCUACAUUGCGUACUUGGAAAAUCAAGUGGAGCGCUCAAACACGGCCUUGCUGGAGGUUGAGGCGGCCGCCUCCGACCUUCGUCUGCUGCGGGGGCGUGUGGACGACCUGGAGGAGAAGCUCCAAAGUUCCAGUCGCACCUGGGAGCUCGUCCAGGCUCAGAGCGUCCAGAUGCACGAGGCUGGGGCAGAGAACGCCGCCCUUCACCCCCUUCGGCGCCAAGCGAUUCUGUUGGUACUCUAG